UAUCUUAUGGUUGGGUUAAAUCUUGUUACAGUCCAAUCCCAUUAUUUGUAAUGAACAAACAUCACUUUUAUAUUAUUCCCCUGAAGAAAGAUGAUCACAUUAAGUAUCUGUUCAGGGUCCAGCUUGCAUCCAGUGGUGACCCUCUGGCCAGCUGCUCUGACCAUCAUUCCUGUAUACCAAAGGAGGGUGGACACAAAAUGACUGGGCCACUGUCAGCACUUCAGCUGAAGAAACAAAGAGCCAGUCAGCAAGCAGGUCAGCUGUUUAGGACAGGACAUGUGGCCCAGCAAGCUUCCACUAUGACUCAUCUGGAGAACCAAGUUGCAGCAGCCUUAGCAUUGAAAUCCAGUCAAGAGUACAAGUUUUGGCUAUUGACGUACAUGAGAUAUCUAGUGCAAGAAGGUGUUGAAGCAAAAAUUCGUGAGGUUUGUGAUGAACUACUUGGUCCAGUGUACAAAAGCAAGACUGCUUCGUCAUGGGAAUCUCAUACUUUGGGCCUGGGCAAGCGUCAUUUGUUACAAGAAAUUUUGCCAAUAGUUGGUUCCAAUUUGCGCUUCCAAAGACUGUUCACGGAAUAUAAAGAGCAACUGGAUACAGCAAAACUUUAAUUAACUUAAAGAUAAUAUUGUCUAAAUUAUUGCUGAAAAUCACUUCUUUUUUAUUAUAUCAUUCUUUAACAUUUUGUAGGUGAAAAUUGUAAUAAGGCCAGUUAAUAUAAAUAUAUAUUGUACCUUUCCUUGGCAUUUAUCCUAAAGUUACAGAUAUACCCAGCACAUUUUGGAAUGAAACUAGUGUCACAAGAACUUAUGAUUAAUUUCCCUUUGGGAGAAAGAAAAAUUUCGCCUAGGUAAUUCUAGGGCAUGAAUAAAGAAAAUUAUGAAUAAAAACACACUAUUGUGGGGAUCCGGACCUUUGGGGAACAGCUGAAAUGACCCAAUUAAUUGCCUGGGUUCUUAAUAGUUAAGAGGUUUUAAAAGUAAAUUAUUGCAAUAACAUUUGCUGCAAAGUUUUCAUGACUUGGUCUCAAAAUUCAAAGCAUGUGAAUAGGCUUGUGUGACAAAUAUUACUUGUAUUUGAAAAAGGUACAUGAAGUACAAUAAAAUGAUUUUAUAAUAAAAAGCUGGCU